AUGGUUGUUCACGGCAAUUACGAGUAUCUAACUGAAGAGGAGAAACGUCUCAAGGAGGAUAAAGAGAGAACCAAGUAUUGGAAGAAAUGGGGACCUUAUGUUAGCGAGCGUCAGUGGGCUACCGUACGAGAAGAUUAUUCGCCGGAUGGCGAUGCAUGGAGCAAUUUCCCACAUGAACAUGCACGUUUACGUACCUUCCGAUGGGGUGAAGACGGGAUCGCAGGCGUUUCGGACAACCAUGGUUUCCUCAACAUUGGGUUUUCUUUCUGGAACGAAAAGGACCCAUACCUCAAAGAACGUCUCUUUGGAUUAUCAAACCCUCAAGGAAAUCAUGGCGAAAGUAUCAAGGAAGUCCACUUUCAUCUUGACAAUACGCCAACGCAUUCGUACAUGAAAUUCCUUUACAAAUAUCCCCAAGGGCAGUUCCCUUAUGAGAAAUUGGUAGAGGAGAACAAAAAGCGAGACCGAAACAUGCCCGAGUACACAAUUUUCGACGCCGGUGCCUUCGAUGACAACCGCUACUGGGAUAUCUUCAUCGAGACUGCCAAGGAUGGAGAAGAUGAAGAGGAGCUGCUUUUCAGAGUUACUGCUUACAACCGUGGGCCCGAACCCGCUCCUCUACACAUUAUUCCCCAGAUAUGGUUCCGGAAUACCUGGGCCUGGGGCCGUGAGCCACCAGAAAAGAAGCCAUAUAUCACGAAGCAGGCCGCAACUAUUGCACAAGCCGAGCACUGGAGACUUGGGACUCGAUAUGUCCAGCUAUCUCCAUCACCGGGUGUUUCUGCCGACGCUGCCGAUGUCAGCCCUGAGCUGAUAUUUACUGAAAACGACACGAAUUUCGCUAAGCUCUACGGUGGAAACAAUCCCACACCUUAUGUCAAGGAUGGCUUCCAUCGCUAUAUUGUAAACCAAGAGCUCGGAGCCGUCAAUCCAGGAAAUGUUGGCACAAAAGCAGCUGCUUGGUACGCUUUUGACGAGGCUGAUGGUGUUCCACCUGGCGGAUGCGCUGUCGUUCGGUUCAAGUUUAGCAGAACUACUGAGCCUGGGGCUAUCGACGAAGAACUUUUCGACGAGAUUGUCGAGGCUCGGCGUUGCGAAGCUGAUGAAUUUUACUGGAGACUGAGCCCACUUCCUAUGGCUGACGAUCUUCGAAACAUUCAGCGCCUGGCGUGGAGUGGCAUGCUGUGGACGAAACAGUUUUACCAUUUCGUUUGGGAUCAUUGGGCUAAUGGCGACCCGUCCCAGCCGCCUCCGCCAGAGGGCAGGAAACACAUUCGGAAUCAUGCUUGGAAGCAUCUCUAUAUCGACGAUAUUCUCUCCAUGCCGGAGUCUUGGGAAUAUCCGUUUUUUGCCGCUUGGGAUACUGCUUUUCACUGUAUUCCUUUGGCUAUGAUUGAUCCUGAAUUUGCGAAGAAGCAGCUUGAUAUUCUGACAAGAGAAUGGUAUAUGCAUCCGAAUGGUCAGCUCCCAGCGUAUGAAUGGAAUUUCAGUGAUGUCAAUCCACCGGUCCACGCAUGGGCUACCUUCCGUACGUUCAAAAUCGAACGAAAGAUAUACGGAAGGGAGGACCUAGACUUUUUGGAGCGAGUCUUCCAGAAACUCUUGCUCAAUUUCACGUGGUGGGCUAACCGAAAAGACCCAGAAGGAAAGAACGUCUUUGAAGGAGGCUUCUUGGGUCUUGACAACAUUGGGCUUUUUAAUCGUUCAGAGCCUCUCCCCACAGGAGGUGUUCUUGAACAAGCAGACAGCACAGGUUGGAUGGCUUUCUACUGCUUGAACAUGCUGAAUAUUUCUCUUGAGCUAGCAAAGCAUCGUCGGACAUACGAAGAUAUCGCUUCAAAAUUCUUCGAACACUUCAUUUUGAUCUCCGAUGCUUUGACCUAUAAACGCGGGGACCGAGAAACAUCCUUGUGGAACGAGGAGGACGGUUUCUACUACGAUGCUAUUUCUUGGGGAGGUCCGUGGGCUCAGCAAUUGCCCGUCAGGUCGCUUGUCGGUUUGAUCCCAUUGUAUGCUUGCUUGACGCUUGAGCCAGAAGUUAUGAAGCGUCUGCCAUCGUUCAAGAAACGAUUCCAGUGGUUUGUAGAGAAUCGGUCGGAUGUUGCAGAACGUAACAUCCAUAGCAUCAAACAUCGCGGUAAAGGCCAAAGAAUUUUGCUAGCCUUGGUCAACAGAGACCGCUUGAUCCGUAUUCUACAAAAGAUGCUGGAUGAGAAUGAGUUUUUCUCGGAGUAUGGUAUUCGAUCACUUUCGAAGCAUCACAAAGAAAAUCCGUACUACAUGGACGUCAAUGGACAAGAAUUCAAAGUCGACUACGUUCCAGGAGACUCCAACAGUGGAAUGUUCGGAGGCAACAGUAACUGGCGUGGUCCCAUUUGGCUUUGUGUCAAUUUCCUGCUCGUUGAAUCGUUGCUUCGAUUCUACAUGUACUACGGAGACAGCCUUAAAGUAGAAUGCCCUACUGGAUCCGGAGAAUAUGUUCAUCUCGGUCAUGUUGCGGAGGAGAUUCAACACCGUAUGCAGCACAUCUUUACUAGGGAUGAGCGAGGCAACCGUGCCUGCAAUGCGGGAAAUAAGUUGAUGAACCAAGAUCCGCACUGGCGAGACUAUAUGUUCUUCCACGAAUUCUUCCAUGCUGAUACCGGCGCUGGCCUCGGGGCUUUGCACCAAACCGGAUGGACUGGGCUUAUUGCUAAACUCAUUCACGACACGGGCAUCAAUUGUCGUCUCCCGCGAACUCCUCGCACGCCUUCAACAGCCGCUUCACAUUAUUUUGACGAGUCCUUCUCGAGGGUCAUACGUCCAAAAAUGUCAAAUGUGCGUCGUGCUUCGACCCGUAGUAUCGGAGCCCGCAGCGACAUUGCCCGCAGCGAUGUUGUGAGCGACGACGCUAGUGACGAUUGGACUGGCCUUGGUGAGGAUGAAGCGCAGGAACGAGCCCGUGAACAAGACGACCAGCACGUGCUUGACUAUGUUACUAGCCAGCUCAAGCGAGUGCAGACUCACGGGUCUGUCUUUGACGAUGAGGAUGAGUUUGAGACUCAACUUGACUAG